AUGAGCAUUUCCAACUCGCCUUUGUUCAAGGAAUUCGCUCGGCCAAUUCUUGUCCCUGAACCAAGCCAGGAGAGAGCUUUCUAUUCACCUUUUGGUCUCGUGGAUACCUUUGUGAGACAUCUCCUGGAUACUGCGAAGCUUCAAAGCACCCGAUUCAAAAUCAGCAAUGCUACUAAAGACUCUUUCUGUCUUACUAUCCAGGGACGCCUUGUUGGAACAGGAACUAUUUCUAGCACCAUCGACGCCACUGAGGCCAAUCUAUCUUUCAACGGCUUCAGAUUUGGAAAGGUCAGAUUGCCGCAGAUUCAGACGAGUUAUUGGGGCACAAAUUUCGCAAUCCUGGAACAGCGUAUCGAUAUCACAAAUCACGCUACAUAUUGUGCUUUUGUUCGCAGCCUCGUUGUUGACGAAGAAACUUGUCUUCAACUCGAGAGCAAAGAGUGUACUAUACGAGCACUAAGAGCUUCGCCGACAUGUAGCAUACAUCUCGAUAUGCCACUACAGGCUCUGAGCGGGCCAUAUCUAACUCUAAAGAAAGUGAGUCGCUCGGGCAAGGAUGUUAGAAUGGUACUCAGCUUGAGCUACUCGGGCCAAGUAGAGAUGAAUUACGGUUCCUGCCUCUUUGUGCUUCGCAACGGCCCUGGAGAGAUAUUGGCGGAGCUGAAGGGAGAGCUGAACAUCUCUAAAAGCCAAAAGGAACUGGUGCUGCACGGCAUAAUAAAGUACGGGGUGAUACCAUCACAGAUAGUCAGAGUGAUAGGAGUUGCGGUGGAGGAGGACGAGGAGUCAUGGCUUAGCAAGACCAUCAGCGAUUUCGAUGUUGUAUUAGACCUGGAGCCUGAGCACGCAGAGAUAUUGUGGCUUUGA